AUGCAUUCCAGCGCUAUCAUCCUUGGUCUCAUUGGCAUUUCCAGUGCUCUGACUCUCAACAUCCCCUCUCGUGUGGGUGAUAUUAUCUCUCUGCCUUCCCCUAGUGAGAUCUCGGGCAGUGUUGAUCUGGGCAACCGCGAGUACGAUCGUGGUCGAUCCUGCGACAAUGAUGAUGACACUGGCGAUGAGAACGCCGUGUUCAUCUUGAAGGAUGGAGCAUCACUGAGCAACGUGAUCAUUGGAAAGAACCAACUCGAAGGCAUCCACUGCAAGGGAUCCUGCACCCUGACCAACGUCUGGUUUCGUGAUGUCUGCGAGGACGCUAUUUCCAUUCUCGGAACCGGAGAUGCCCUCAUCAAAGGUGGUGGUGCCCAAGAGGCUAAGGACAAGGUGGUGCAGCACAACGGUGCAGGAACCGUCACCAUUGAUGGAUUCACUGUUGUGAAUGCAGGCAAGCUAUACCGAUCAUGCGGAAACUGCAGCAACAACAAGAGCAAGAGCCCCCGGCAUGUGGUGGUCAAGAACGUCAAGGCCGAUGGUGUGUCUACCUUGGUAGGAAUCAACUCCAACUACGGCGAUACCUCCAAUGUGAGCGGCACCUGUGGAUCCGUCAGCCAUGUGUGCCAGGAGUUUGAGGGAGUCGAUAAGUCAGAGGACAGAGAAAGCCCCAAGCUGACAUCGACUGCUUCCUGCAAGGGACAGUCGUCUCUUUCUUCUUGUUAA